GGUUACAACGCGGUUACAUCGCGAACGGCUCGCUGUUCGUACAUCUCGUUUUUACUAAUCCGACCGACCGCCGUCAGCGAUUCGAAACGAUGGACGCCACCUUCGAAGACCCGCGCUACUCGCUUAAAGUGGAACUUAAAAGUCUCACACUGUCAGACGAUAUGAAGAGACAAGUGCAAGACACACUCAAAUUCCUUCAUGGAGAGGAAUUUGUUCAUAAAGAACUGUCAGCUUACAAAGAUAGGAAGUUAAAAUUAGAUCGACAGUAUUGGAGAGACAGGGGAAACCUGAUUGUCCACGGUGGACAGAGCAAUGCUAAAAAAGACAUAGAUAGCAAUUUGUCUGAUGAUAAAAUUAACCAUUUUGCUAUUUCUAAACUAGAAAAGUAUGGUUUUUUCAAACCACAUUGCAUCGAGGCAUUAAAUGCUUCGAAUGGUGAUGUCGGGAGUGCGUACGAAAUUCUAAUGUGUCGCUAUUUUAAUCUAGUCCCUUCUGAGGUUAAAGAAGUGCCUGUAAAUCUUCUCGAAGAGAGGACCCAAGAGCUGGACUCAUUAAGGUCAAUUUACGAUCAGUGUUGUGAAGAAAGAUUGCCCAACGUCUUGUGGGUUUUUCACUUAAAUUUACCUUACCUCGGUGAGGUGUACAUGAAAAGAAGACAAACAAGCAGAAAUUUGGGCAGAAAGAAAAAUAAAAAUAUAUGUAGAUUCUUUGCCAAAGGGAACUGCAGGUUCGGCAACAAUUGUAGGUUCUCUCAUGAACCUGUGGUAGAGGAACCAGUCUCGGCAACAUUAGAUAAGGACCAGAAGCAUAUAUUUGAAUUAGAAGUUAGAUUUCCUAUGGGAUGCCAAUAUCCCUUGGAAGUGCCUCUAGUAUCGCUAAUAUCUAAAUCUUCAGAUUUCCCAGCAAACACUUGUUUACGGAUAACACACAGAUUGAUGUGCGAGGCUCACAAAAGCAUGAAACUCCAGCAACCUUGUAUUUUCAUACUGGUAGACCUGUUGUGCAAUAGGCAAGAAGAAAUUCUCAAUCUUCUAAAGGGACCAAACCCAAUUUUUUAUGACCCAUCGUUAUCGUUGUUUCCUGUAGCCUCACCAGAUGGCCAGUUGGCAAAUGGUCAAAAUGAAAACGAUGUUGAUUUUAUGUACAGCAGUAGUGAGCCUAGUAAAAAAUCUGGGCCAUCUCUACAAACCAUAGAGAGGAUAGACAACGAAUUGGCCAAUAGAUACCAAACGAUGUGUAAUAACCCUAAAUUUAAUGCUAUUUUAAAUCGGAGGAAGAAUUUACCAGCUUGGUCAAAAAAAGUCGAGUUACUUGACACAAUUAAUAAAAAUCAAGUAGUUAUUAUCAGCGGGGAAACUGGAUGCGGGAAAUCAACUCAGAUUCCACAAUUUAUUCUUGACGAUUGGCUGUCAAGCAGAAGCAACAAACACACAGAGAUAAUUUGCACUCAGCCCAGAAGAAUUUCAGCCAUAGGGGUCGCCGAAAGAGUAGCCUCAGAGAGGCUCGAGCGCAUCGGUGACAGCAUAGGAUACCAAAUUCGCCUUGAGACGAGAUCAUCGAACCAUACAAGAGUUACUUUCUGCACUACAGGUAUUUUACUAAGGAAAUUGGAAAGCGAUCCUCACAUGAAAUCAGUAACUCACGUGAUCGUCGAUGAAGUUCAUGAAAGAAGUGUUGAAAGUGAUUUUAUACUAUUGAUUCUUAAAGAUUUGUUAACGAUAAGAACCGAUCUGAAAGUCAUCCUGAUGAGUGCAACAAUCAAUUCGCAUCUAUUCAAAGAAUAUUUUAACGAUGCGCCUACAAUUGAAAUACCAGGAAGGACAUUCCCUGUGGAACAGCUGUUCCUUGAAGAUAUUAUACUCAGGACAAACUACACUCUGGAAGAAUAUUCAGAGUUUUCUCGUAAAAUUGCUAAGCAACAGAGCAGGGAAUUGGAAAUUCUUGACGAAUGCGACGACUUGAAAACCGUGUCUGUGAAAGGCAUGUUGAUCCCCAACUUAGACACUCAGGAUGAAUUUUUACCCGUUAAACAAGUGUAUUAUCGCUACUGGUCUCACUCAAAAAACGUUUGCAAAACUAUAUUUUUAACCGAUACCCUGAGAGUCAAUCUUGAACUUAUUGAAACAGUGCUGGAGUACAUCGUGACAGGAGAUCAUAAAUACCCGAGAGAAGGAGCUAUAUUGGUAUUUCUUCCUGGAAUUGGAGAGAUCAAAGAAAUGAUGGCAAGGCUUGAAGCAAAUCCGUUAUUUUGUAAUUCUAAUGAAUUUAAACUAAUACCUUUGCAUUCAACGCUGACUAAUGAAGAGCAAUCGGAAGUUUUCAGAAAACCAAGACAUGGUGAAAGAAAAAUUGUUUUAUCCACAAAUAUAGCAGAAACAUCUAUCACAAUUGAUGAUUGUGUGUUUGUAAUAGAUAGUGGGAAGAUGAAAGAAAAAGGGUUUGAUUCGAAUAGGAAUAUGGAGAGUUUGGAAAUGGUUACAAUAUCAAAAGCCAAUGCACAACAGAGAAAGGGUCGAGCGGGUCGAGUGAUGCCUGGAGUUUGUUUCCAUCUAUUUACAAAACACCGCUUCGAGUACGUACUCGAACCUCAGCCCGUCCCUGAGAUAAGGCGCGUCCCACUAGAAGCGCUUAUAUUGAGGAUUAAAACACUGCCGAAUUUUGAAAAUAAACAAUUAGAACCCGUCAUUAACAAUAUAAUCGAGCCGCCUUCUAUGGAAAACGUAGAAGGUGCAGUUAAGAGAUUGAAGAACAUCGGCGCCCUCGACGAACAGGCCAACGUCACCCCUUUAGGAAAACAUUUAGCAUCACUUCCAGUCGAUGUGCGAAUUGGGAAAUUAUUACUCUAUGGGGCGAUGUUUUGCGCAUUGGAUUCUGCAUUGACCAUAGCAGCAUUUUUAUCUUAUAAAACCCCUUUUAUCACACACAUACGAAAAAGGGAGGAUAUCGAUAUUAAAAGAAAAAAAUUUGUCACCGGGUUCAGUGAUCAUUUAACAACCCUAAAUGCUUAUAAAGGCUGGUUGAAAGCUAUCGAAACGAAAGGAAUGAGAGGUGGAGUGUCUUUUGCUAAAGUUAACUACCUAUCGACACGGACUCUAUCCACCCUUGCAGAUAUGAAACUGCAAUACCUAGAGCUUUUAGGUGAUAUUGGCUUCGUCCCUGGUAAUUUAGAAAUAGUCAGAAGACCCGGUGUAGACAGAAUAUUUCAUAUGACAGGACCUGAGUUGAAUGUAAAUGGAGAAAAUCAGAAACUGUUAGCGUCAAUACUGUGUGCUUCUUUAUACCCAAAUAUAGUGAAAAUAUUAACACCCACUAAAACAUUUCAAGAGAGUAUAGCAGGAGCUGUACCACAACCUUUAAGGCCAGAAGAGCUUGUUUUCAAAACAAAAACAGACGGUUAUGUUUCCAUCCAUCCAACAUCCGUCAAUAGCAAUGUCAGCAAUUACCCGAGCCCUUACUUGGUCUAUCAGGAGAAAGUCAAAACAGGGAAAAUAUACAUUAGAGACUGUACUAUGGUUCCCAUUCUACCGUUGGUACUGUUUUCUGCAGGAAAAAUCAAAGUGGAAUUGAAUUGCGAUGAAUUUUUUAUUUCAUUAGACGAUGGUUGGAUUAUUUUCCCCGUUCCUUCGAAUGAGACAGCUGAAUUGUUGGAGACGAUAAAAUCUGAGCUUCUUAUGCUUUUAGACGAAAAGAUCAAAGAACCGAAGAUGAAUCUUCAAAAACAUCCUAAAGGGAAAAAAAUUAUAUCGACGAUUGUUGACCUAGUUACUUCCUGUUACUAAAAACCCUUAGCCCCAUGAGGGCAAUGUAAAUAUAAUUUAUUGUGAUAUUGCAUGUAAAUGAAGUGCUACAUAGAAUUACAUCGAGCGGAAAAAAAUAUUUCUUUUCCCCCUGAUAGCUGCCAGGCAAUUGAUGGUUCCUUGUGCAUACCUAGAUGCAAAUCGAGAUCUCAGUAAUUAUAUAAAAUUAAACUAAUUUAUAUAAUGUCAAAAGUGCCUUGAAUAUUUUUGUGAAUAUUGAAUAAUAAAACACAUAAAAUCUUUUAUGAUCAAAUUUUCUGUUCUGUAUAAAAAAUAGGUGUCAGUUAUAUAAUAAUUUAUACGUGAUAUGAUGGAUUUUCGCUAAAAGAAUUCCUUUUCAUUCUGUUUCCUUGUGAUAGCUAUAUCAAGCUUUACUUUUUUAUAUUUAUACAAUUUCUAUCAAUGUUACUUAAAACUUGUAUUUUGAUGUUCAUCUUUA